AUGCGUCGCCGCGGUGCGGCUGCUGCUGGACCGCAGGGGCAACCCCAACGGCCGCGGGGAGUUCGCGCGGACGCCCCUGUGGCGCGCAGCCUACGCUGGGCACGCGGAGGUGGCGCAGCUGCUGCUGGAGCACGGGGGAGACCCGCGGCUGUACGACGAGCACGGCUGCGCGCCAGCCGACGUCGCGUCGAGCGGCGACGUCCUGGACAAAUUGAGGGCGUGGGACGUCGCCCGCACGAACGCCCUCGUCGAGGAGAGUUCGAGGCCUGGCUGGAGGACCAGCGCCUCGAAGGCGAGUUCCGGAGGAAGGAUGCGACGCGGUCCCUGGACGCCGAGCACGAGCGGGCCAGGGCGACCCACGAGGCGGCCCAGGGCGCCCUGGCGCGCGCCAGGGUGGAGCUCAGGGACCGGGUGAGGGAGCACGGCGAGGCGUUGGCUGCGGGCCAGCAGCAUGCCGGCUGGCGGCAGGCGCAGCAGGCGUGCGAGUCGGCCACGGAGCGGGCGGCCCGCGCAGAGGGCGACGCCGCCGCCGCCCAGGCGUGCCUGGACGCAGUCCUGGCGAAGCGCCUGGACGCGGCCGAGGCAGCUGGCGAGGUACGGGGGGCCGCCGGCCUGCACGGAGUGCCCUGGCGAGAGGUGCCAGUGUGUUGCCUCAACGAUGUUCUCCUGAGGGACGUCGGCGGACGCAUCGCAGGAUCGGACCGCUGGCCGCUGCUGAUCGACCCGAGCGACUGCGGCAAGAAGUUCCUCGCCUACGCCGGCUGCUCCGUCCUGAACUUCUGGCGCCACGAGGACAUGGACGCGGGCCAUGUGCGGACGGCCCUGCUCGCCAUGAUCCGCGGUGGCGGCGUCCUGGCCGUCGACUUGUGCUGCUUCGCUGGGGGAGUGUCGCGUGACCUCCUCGCGGAGCCCUUCGACCAGGUCCGUGCUGGCCUCUUCGACGACCUGGCCAGUCGCGCGCUCCUGGCGACCCCAAAGGGCGAGCACUGGCCCCUCUUCCGCAGGCUGGUCCGCGGCGAGGAGGCGGCCUCGUUCGGCCUCGAGCAUUUCGACGACGGCCGCACUGCGAGGUUCAAGUUUGUCGUCGUCACUUCCACGGACAGUCCACAUCAGGACCUGGUGCAGGGCUUCGAGGUGCUGCGAGUAGUGCCGGGCGGCUUCGGCGAGUGA